CGAAAUUCACGAUGAAAGUGAUAGUAUGUUUCGGAGAGGUGCGCAUUCUAGUUCCUUGCGAUGCAGGCGAAGAUAUGACAGUGAAAGAACUCAGCGAAAUAGCUGUGACCAAAUUUAAGAAAGUCACCAACAAGAGCCCAGAUGAAGAGAUCAAGAUAUCCUAUCUUAAAACUCAAUCAGAAGGCGCAAUGGUUGACCCUGAUGACAAAGUUGCCAAUGUUGCUGAAGAUAAAGAAAUUUUCACAGCAGUUUUGGAAGAGCCUUUGCAAACACAGUUCCCUAUCAUUAACACAAGCAAUGGACAGCUUGUUCUGGCUGUAAUCAACAAUGAUGGCUCUCAAAGUACAGAUUCUAUUGUGAGCUCGCUUCAACUGGGCUCUGGUGGGAACCUGGCAAACCUCUCGCCAAUGUUUAGUAACGCAAUAAUGUCAAUGUUACAGCAGAGUAUGUCACAGCAACAACAACUGCCAACAACAUCAUCAACUACAACAGUCACUCCAGUGAACACAACCAGCAAUGCCUCUCAACUUCCAGCCAUCACUCAAGGGAAUGAUGGUAACAACAUCUCUGACGAGGGUGAUGAUGGUGAGGAGUCUGAUGACAAGGAUGGCAAGAAGGAUUUCAGCUGUGAUCAGUGUGCCAAGAAAUUCACACAGUCUUGGAAAUUGCGUCAACAUUUAAUUGCUCACGCAAGACGUGACGAAAUGAAGAAAUACGAAUGUGAUAAGUGUGCUGCGUCGUUCAUUUCAGAGUGGCUGUUGCUUCGCCAUGCCAAAAUUCACACAGGUGCUACGAAGCCACGUUUCUGCCUGGUUUGUAACCGUGCGUUUAGAGGAUCAACUGACCUCAAAGUGCACAUGCGCACGCACACGGGUGAAAAACCUUUCAAAUGCGAAACGUGUGGAAAAGCCUUUGGCGACCGUUCGGCUCUCCGUCGGCACACGAUGACGCACACUGGUGAGAAGCCGCGGCCUUGCCCGCACUGCCCGCGCGCAUUCAGGCAGACCGCUCCGCUUAUCACCCACAUGCGUCAACGACAUAACAUCGACAUCCGACAUCGCUGUGACGUAUGCUAUAUGUCGUUCUGUGAGGACGAUCCAUAUGUACUUCAUAUGGCUUCUGUUCAUCACAGAACCAUCGCGUUAGAGGAGUUGAAAAAAGGCGAUGAGAGCAGUGGUCUUGACAUGGAACAGCAAGAGCUUGAAAAUGAAGAUGGUACAGGUGUGGUUGAUGAUGGUGGUCACAUGGUUGAUGACGAUGGUCACAUGGUCGAUGAUAGUCUGGAAAAUGGUGCAGUAAAACAUACUAUGGUCAGCAACGCACAUCUUGUUCAACAUUGUGAUGAAGAUAGUGCUGAAAACAAAGACACUGAAAACAGGGAACAAGUUGCGGCCGAGAGAAGCCUACAUGAUGCAUACAUCACUGAAUCUGGUGACGGAGAGCAGGGCGAAGCAAUUACCAUCACAGCUGUUGCGGCCGGGCAAGGUGGCCAAGAAAUAGUUUUACCUGCUGAUCUGGUUGUUGCACACCAGCUUAUUGCUGUACAACAAUCAAGCAUGGAUGUGUAGCAAAAUUUCUCAUGUCAAACACCUGUUUUGACUGGUGCUUUAAUUAAUGCUUGAAUGAGUAGCAAUAGAUUAUGGUAUCGUUAUAUGACUUGUCCAUGUCAUGUUAACACGAGCAGUUACUGUCAUUCUGUGAACAUUGUGAUUUAAACUUUUAUAUAAAUA